UCUCACUCUUAGUAUUAUUUUCAACGUCAUCGUCCAUGCAAAUUAAUGUUUUGCGUGCAUAUAUUGUUUUUUGUGGUGAUUUGAUUUUGUAGUUUUAAGGGUUUAAUCAAAUGGACUAUUAUUAAUUUACUCUCUCUCUCUCUCCUUCAAGUCUCAGCCUUUUUUGAUCUGUUAACUUUUCUCUUCUGAUGUACUUUUGGUUUUUGGAAAUUCACAUUCUAUUUGAAAUGCAAUCACAUAAUUUUUUUCUCUGCCAAAUUUGAAAUUGUCUCUUUGAUUCUGUUCUUCCCAUCCCCUCUUUCUUCUCUGUUCUUCAACUCCUCUUUUCUCAAAACUCCCUUUCUGUUUUAAGAUUUGCUUCAAAACCCACCUUCUAUAUUCAGUGAACUUUCAAUCUUGUCCCUUUGAUUCCCCCAAAAAACCAUUUCUGUUUCUGCCUUGCUGGGUUUUUUUUUUUUUGGUAUAAAUUUUCUAUUUUUUUUCAGGAUAUUUAUAUUCUUUUUUUUCUCUUAUCUUUCAGUUUCGUUUAUUGGAUUCUUUUUGUUUUUCUCUCUCUCCCAUGAUCACAAAAAUUGCUUGAUUUUCGGUUGAUAACUUCAUUAAUAGAUAACAGUUAAAACCACAUAACAUAAACCCUUGCUUUUUUUUCUUUUGCUAACUCCCUCGCUUUUUCCCAGACUUAAGCUUCACAAACUUUCAAAAUUUUCAUUAAAAAGCCAAAUAAAAUAUGGGUAAUUCUGGAUUUCUAGGAAUGUUAUUAACAAUAUUCCUUUGUCUUUUUUGCUUUGAUGGUUUUGUUAAUGGUCUUGGGGUGAAUUGGGGUACCAUGGCAACCCAUAAACUGCCUCCCGAAACAGUGGUUCAGAUGUUAAAGGACAAUGGGAUAAAAAAAGUGAAGCUUUUUGAUGCAGAUUCAAAUACUAUGAGUGCUCUUGCAGGAACUGACAUCGAAGUCAUGGUUGCUAUUCCUAAUGAUCAGCUUCUUGCUAUGAAUAGCUAUGAUCGUGCUAAACAAUGGGUGACGAGGAAUGUCACAAGAUAUAACUUCAAUGGAGGUGUUAAAAUUAAGUAUGUAGGUGUUGGCAAUGAGCCAUUUCUCACAUCCUACAAUGGCUCAUUCAUAAACAUCACAUUCCCUGCACUUCAGAACAUUCAAAAUGCACUUAAUGAUGCUGGUGUUGGAGACUCCAUAAAGGCUACUGUGCCCUUAAAUGCUGAUGUCUACAACUCACCAAAUAACAACCCUGUUCCAUCCGCUGGCCGGUUCCGAAGUGAUAUCAGUGGAAUUAUGACGCAAAUUGUCAAUUUUCUAAGCAAUAACAGUGCACCUUUCACCGUGAACAUCUAUCCCUUCCUCAGUCUAUAUGGAAAUGACAACUUCCCCUUUAAUUAUGCUUUCUUUGAUGGAGGAAACCCUAUUGUCGAUAAUGGGAUUCGGUACACUAAUGUUUUCGAUGCCAACUUUGACACAUUGGUUUCAGCUCUGAAAGCAGUAGGGCAUGGGAACAUGACCAUUAUUGUUGGGGAGGUAGGUUGGCCCACAGAUGGAGACAAGAAUGCCAAUUUGGCUAAUGCUCAGAGAUUUUAUAAUGGGCUUAUGCCUAGACUUGCAGCCAACACUGGCACGCCUCUGCGGCCAGGAUAUAUGGAAGUUUACUUGUUUGGCCUUAUAGAUGAGGAUGCCAAGAGCAUUGCUCCUGGAAAUUUUGAGCGUCAUUGGGGAAUCUAUAGGUAUGAUGGGCAGCCUAAAUUUCCACUUGAUCUUUCUGGUCAGAAUCAAAAUAAGUUUCUUAUUGGUGCUCAGAAUGUCGAAUAUCUUCCUAAACAAUGGUGUAUGUUUAAUCCAAAUGCUAAGGACCUCAGCAAACUUGCAGACAACAUAAACUAUGCUUGCACCUUCUCAGAUUGCACAGCACUUGGAUAUGAAUCUUCUUGUAACAACCUCGAUGUCAAUGGAAAUGCUUCCUACGCAUUUAAUAUGUACUAUCAGGUGCAAAAUCAGAAUGACCUGGCCUGUAAUUUUCAAGGUCUGGGCAUGGUCACUACACAGAACCUCUCUCAAGGGAGUUGCAAUUUUAUCAUUCAGAUUGCGUCUUCUUCUUCUUCAUCUUCUAUCGGUCCCUCACUGCACCUAAACUCUGCCGGUCUUCAAGUUUUCCCAAACCUAGCCGGUAGUGAAUGCAUCGUUUCCUGUCAGGAACCUUCAAAUUCUAGUGGAAGAAUGGUACCUCAAUAUGCCAUAAGGUACCAUUCUAGUUUCUUAUUGUUCUUUGGUGCUUAAAGGUUGAGAUUAUAUCAUUCUAACAUAGCAGGAAGCAGUUUCUGAUCACUG